AGGGACAAGCGGGCCCGAUCCCCCCCUUCCCCCCACCCCUCAGAAGAACUUUCCCUGCAUAGCAACGAGGAGUGGGAGCCGACCCAGGAGGAGGAUACGACCGACCAGGCAUGCAGUGACCAGUCGCGGUCGUCAAGGGACCAAAUGGAUAAGUCAAAGAAAAAGAAAAAGCCUAGCAAGGCAAGAAGCCAGCCAGAGGAGCAGUCGGAGGAGGAAGCCUCUGGUGAAGAUGCAGUACCGAAGAAGCCGCGUGGACCCAGAUACACUGAGGCGGAAAACUGUGCCCUAGUGGAUGGCGUCGACAGGUUCUACGACGUUCUGUAUGGACCAAGGGCGCAGACCACAGCAGCUAAGACCAAGCGAAACAUCUGGGAUGCCAUCGCGAGACAAGUCACUGCAGUAUCUGGAAACCGCCAGAGCACCAGAAACUGCAUGAAGCGGUACAGUGAUUGCCGCAGACAGACCAAAAAGAAGAUGGGGAUUCAGCGCCGACAUGAGACAGCUACGGGAGGUGGUCCAGCUCUCAAUCUGAAGUGGCUACCCUGGGAGGACGUUAUUAAAAGGCGCAUGAACCCUGCCAUGGUCCAAGGAGUUCGCAGAGGUGUGGACUCCAGCCGUCCUGCUGGCUUUCCCGAGGAGGAAGAACCGCCCAGAAGACGGAAGACGGCGGGAGAUAAGCAGUCCAAAAGGAGGCCUGAUGACAGGCCUGCCCAGAGGACAUCACCUGCGCGCAGGACAUCGCCAGCGCGUGGACCAUCACCUGCGCAGCAAGCAUCGGGAGCGCGCAGAUCAUCACCUGCGCGCCACACAUCAUCAGCGCGCAGAAAGUCACCUGUGCGCCAGACAUUGUCAGCACGCAGACCAUCACCUGCGCGCCAGACAUCAGCGCGCAGAACGUCACCUGUGCGCCAGACACCGUCGGGGACCACACCACCAGAUGGGCGCCAAACUACAUCUCCUGCGCGCAGGCCAUCACCAGAUCGUCAUCUCCCCAGGAGCUCUGGGACUGUGACCGAAGAGCCUCAACAAGACACUACCCUUGUGGACCCAUCACCCGAACUGUUUGAGUCUACAGGGUUAACGGAUGAGACUUUUCUUGGGUUUGAAGACAGCCGUGCAGAAGUAUCCAGCCGGACCCUUGAAAAGUCUCCAGAAUUUGUUAGGGUCUCCUGCCCUGUGCUGCCACGUCGUCAUGGCAACCGGGAGACAAGUGCUAGUGGAGUAACCUGAGCGCAGCUGAUACUCCGGUUCGGGUCUUUUGCUGUGCAGUGGUUAUAGGCUCUGUGCACGGCAGGGGAUCCGGUGCUGGUUUUUGUGCUCACGGUCUGUGAGGUCUGAGUGGGGCGUGGACAGCACCUGCUUUAUAAGGCCUCUUU